AAUUGUUCAAGUACCCACUGGACCUUGGUUUUGCAGGAAGUGUGAAUCUCAGGAAAGAGCAGCCAGAGUGGUUGGGCUCAUGUGGUUUGUGCUCUGUACAUUCCCGAGGUGCAGUUUGCAAAUGUUUCUACGAUGGAACCUAUCGUGUUGCAGUCUGUUCCGCAUGAUCGUUAUAAUAAGACAUGCUAUAUUUGUGAUGAACAAGGCAGAGAAAGUAAAGCAGCCACUGGUGCUUGUAUGACAUGUAAUAAACAUGGAUGUCGACAAGCUUUUCACGUAACGUGUGCACAGUUUGCAGGACUUCUUUGUGAAGAAGAAGGCAAUGGUGCAGAUAACGUCCAAUACUGUGGCUACUGUAAAUACCAUUUUAGUAAACUGAAAAAGAGCAAACGGGGAUCUAAUAGGUCAUAUGAUCAAAGUUUAAGUGAUUCUUCCUCUCACUCUCAGGAUAAACAUCAUGAGAAGGAGAAAAAAAAAUAUAAAGAGAAAGAUAAACACAAGCAAAAAUAUAAGAAGCAGUCGGAUUCCUCACCAUCCUUGGUUCCAUCUCUUACUGUAACUACAGAGAAAACAUACACAAGCACUAGCAACAACUCCAUGUCUGGCUCCUUGAAGCGGUUGGAAGAUACCACAGCUCGAUUUACAAAUGCAAAUUUCCAGGAAGUUUCUACACACGUUUCAAGUGGAAAAGAUUCUUCAGAGGGUAGAGGGUCAGAGAGCAAAGGGAAGAAAUCUGCAGGUCAUAGCUCAGGUCAGAGGGGAAGAAAACCUGGUGCUGGAAGAAAUCCAGGAACAACUGUGACUGCAGCUAGCCCUUUUCAGCAAGGAAGCUUUUUGGGCACUCCUGGGAGCAUAAAGUCAUCUUCUGGAAGUUCAGUUCAGUCUCCCCAGGAUUUUUUGAGUUUUACAGACACAGAUUUGCGAAGUGACAGUUUCGCACAUUCUCAACAGGCUUCGUCAACCAAAGAUGUACAUAAAGGAGAGACUGGGAGUCAAGAGGGGAGUGUCAAUUGUUUCACUUCCUUAAUUGGUCUCCCUUCAUCAUCAGCUGUUUCCCAAUCUAAAAACUUUGACAGCUCACCUGGAGACAUAGGUAAUUCAAGCCUUACUUCUACAGCAUACAAACGAGCUCAAACUUCUGGAAUAGAAGAAGAAACUGUAACAGAGAAGAAACGGAAAGGAAAUAAGCAAAGUAAACAUGGGCCUGGUAGACCCAAAGGAAAUAAAAGUCAAGAAAGUAUUUCCCAUCUUUCAGUUUCUUCUGCUUCCCCAACUUCAUCUGUGGCAUCUGCUGCAGGAAGCGUGACAAGCUCUGGUCUUCAAAAAUCUCCAACUUUGCUCAGGAAUGGAAGUUUACAAAGUCUUAGUGUUGGCUCAUCUCCAGUGGGUUCAGGUAUUUUUAGCAGCAAUGAUGUAGCAGUAUCAUUUCCAAAUGCAGUAUCUGGCUCAGGAUCUAGCACUCCCGUUUCCAGUUCUCAUUUACCUCAGCAGGCUUCAGGCCACUUGCAGCAAGUGGGAGCUCUAUCACCUUCAACUGCGCCUUCUAUAACUACUGUUGUUGCUGCAACUCAGGCAAGCACCCUACCUGGAUCUUCUCUCAGUCUGCCUCCAUCCCAUAUGUACGGCAAUAGGCUGAAUCCCAGUUCAGCAAUGGCAGCACUUAUAGCUCAGUCUGAAAACAGCCAAGCAGAUCAAGAUCUCGGAGAUAAUAGCCGCAGCCUUGUUGGCAGAGGAGGUUCACCCAGAGGAAGUCUCUCACCACGAUCCCCUGUAAGCAGCUUGCAGAUUCGCUAUGAUCAAUCAGGGAACAGUUGUGGGGAAAAUUUGCCCCCAGUAGCAGCCAGCAUAGAACAGCUUCUGGAAAGGCAAUGGAGUGAAGGACAGCAGUUUUUAUUAGAGCAAGGCACCCCUAGUGACAUUUUAGGAAUGCUUAAAUCAUUACACCAACUUCAGGUUGAAAAUAGGCGGUUAGAAGAACAAAUAAAGAAUCUGACUGCUAAGAAGGAGCGGCUUCAGCUACUCAAUGCCCAGCUUUCGGUGCCCUUCCCAACAAUAACUUCAAAUCCUAGCCCUUCUCAUCAAGUACAUGCCUUUCCAGUACAAGCAGCACCUAGCACGGAUUCCUUGAACAGCAGUAAAAGUCCUCAUCUGGGAAACAGUUUUUUGCCAGACAAUUCUCUUCCUGUAUUAAAUCAGGAGAUAACCUCCAGCGGACAAAGCACCAGCAGUUCAUCAGCUCUUUCCACUCCACCACCUGCUGGGCAGAGUCCAGCUCAGCAAGGCUCAGGAGUCACAGGAGUUCAACAGGUCAAUGGUGUGACAGUGGGGGCACUAGCUAGUGGUAUGCAGACUGUAACCUCCACCAUUCCUGCAGUGCCUGGUGUGGGUGGAAUAAUUGGAGCACUGCCAGCCAGCCAGCUGGCAAUCAAUGGAAUUGUAGGGGCUUUAAAUGGGGUAAUUCAGACCCCAGCAACAAUAUCACAGAACCCUUCUCCUCUCACUCAUGCAACUGUGCCACCCAAUGCAACGCAUCCUCUGCCAACUACGUUAAAUAACAGUGCCUCGGGACUAGGAUUACUUCCUGACCAACAGAGACAACUUCUACUCCAUCAACAGCACCAGCAAUUUCAGCAAUUACUAAGUACCCAGCAACUCACAUCAGAACAACAUCAGGCCCUUUUGUAUCAAUUAGUGCAGCAACAACAUCACCACCACCAACACCAUCAGUCUGAAGUACAGCAAUUGCAGAUUACUGGAGGAGCACAGAUACCCAUAAAUAACUUACUUUCAGGCACACAGGCCUCACCGCUUAAUGCAGCUACUACAAACCCAUUCCUUACAAUUCAUGGAGAUAACACAGCUCAGAAGGUGACAUAUUUUCUCUUACACAGAGGCUCAACGAUAAAACUGGACCAGUUGCGUCAGAGAAGAGUUGACAUUUGAAUGAUACUUGAGAACUGCAUGUCCUGCUGUUAUAGCACUUCAUUGGGCUGCAAACUGCAGUUUUCCCUUCUGCAGACUGAAGAAAUGCAACAAGGAACUCUCACGGCACAGCAAAAGGUUAAUGGUUUUCAUACGGAUAUUUUUCGUAGGCUUUCCUUUGCUUUCUUGUUGCACUAAAAUGGAUGUACUUUUUAACGUUUCAGACUGUGAAGUAGAUAAAACUCUGUAAACCAUAAUUAUUUUGUCAAUAUGAUGGUACUAAGUACAAAUGCAACCAUAGAAAAACAUACACUUGGCUCUUCAGUCCUAAUCUUAGAAAUUUAAAGGCUAGUAAGCUGUCUGCAGUCGUGCAUUACUUUGGUUUCAGAGCAGUAGUCUUUGAAAAACCAAGCACCCCCACCCCUAGCCCGUCUGAUCUGCUGCUGCAGUUGCAAUAUAAUAACCUUUUCCACUAAGCUUGUAAUGGCAGCCUGGACUUGCUGUUUGCCCUUUCUUUUUUACACACUGAUUUUGAAACCUGACUCGUUAAGGAAUCCACUUCUGAACUUUUUAUUCCUUUAAAUUCCUGUUGUUAUAUAGUGGGAGAGUUUUUUCCUGAGUAAGAAUUACAGCAUGGAAUCCAAAGUUUAUUAAUUUUGGUGUAGGUUUUAGCGUUCUGAGGUUUUUAAAGGAACCGCUUUGGUUCCAGUGACAAAGUUUUCUUACCAGAUGAGAAGGCCGCACUGGAAGAAGUACGCGUAGUGUUUGGCCUAAACCAAGUGCCUGUUGCUACCUCCGUUUUGUUGAAAUGGCUGCAAACAGCUGAUCAUGCACUAGACGUGUCCUUGUUAGCAGCGGGAAUAUUCUGUGUUGCACCAGCAGCCUUGUUGUUCUGCCUUUACUAGAGGUGUUUAUACCACUGUAGAUAGCUCAGGCAGAUCGUUACCUGGGUCACUUUUCACUAAUAAAUUACCAAAAAAGCGAGCGAGUAUUUCCCACUAACAUUUACCAGUGGUUGAAACGGGUGAACUUGUGUUAACACACCACUUCCGACAGCAGCUGAUUUCAUGGCCUGAGUCUAUGCAGUACGGUGAAGGAGAGCUUAAAAAAGGGGGGCGAUGACCACUAAUCGACAUUAAGGUGGGAAUUAUUAGAGGAAAAGACCCAGCUGUAAUUAGACCUCCACUGUGUACUUAUUUGGAAGAACAUGUUAAUUCUGCAAUAUGUUUCUUAGUUAAACAUUGCACAGUUCUUA